GUAGUGAGCGGUGAGUACAUUACUAUCAAGUGUAAUCUCACAUCACUCGGAUAUCCACAAAUAUCAUGGAGAUGGAUUUGUGACGAUCUUCCUCCCCUGAAUGGAGUGGACUUAGGAAAGGAGACUUACUUAGAAAUCAAAGUAACUGCACGACACAAUGGGAUUGCUUGCAGAUGUAAAGGCAUAUCCUCCUCUAUCUAUGUCUACGACGAACUUUCAGAUCCAGUCACUAUCCUCGUUUACUCCCAGAAAGAAUCCCAAGAAAUAACAGCUGCAGCAGGACUUGUUGAAGACCCUCAAUGUAUACCAGCUACAGCUUUUGGAGCAACAACUGGUUUACUGUCGGCCAUUGUCAUUGCUUUAAGCUCUGUCCUCCUGGUACAGUGUCUUAGAAGAAGAAAAGGAAACGUUUGUUCUUGUGGAUAUUCUG